UGCUUCCUUGGACCCUACGUGAUAUUCGAGCGGAUAUCAAGGCCAUAAUUCUCGGGUUAACACAACCGCACUCUUAACUCGGGCUUUAUUUCAAGUAGACCUGUCGUUGUCGUCUUAUAGUUGAUCGAAUUAUUUGGAGUGGCGUUCAGGCGGCUCGCCAUCUUGCGGUGUGUGGAUCGUCCUUGACGUGGCCACCGAAAGUGAAAAGAGGUUGGGCCGGGUAUUUUCCAUCUCGACAUCAUCCCAAGUCAUCGGGAUCAUCACCACAGCGAUACCGGCAAGCAGGGUCUCGUCCUGCUUAGCUAUAUCUUGCGUGGGUUGCGACAGCCCCUGCUCGUCACAAUGCAUUAUGACCAUCAACACCACUGUCCGGUCAACAACACCAUGUCAGAAACAUUCACCUAUUUCCCCAAACUCCCGGCCGAGAUACGGUCCAUGAUAUGGGAGUAUUCGCUCCCGGAGGAGCGAGUGUACGAGGUCCUCGACGCCCCAAACGCAAAGCUGCGGACCCCUGCCCGGCAAGGGUUGAUGUUUGCCAACGUCCACCCGGAGCCCCCGCCAGCUCUCGCCGCCGUCUGCCGCGAGUCGAGAUACUUCGUCCUCCACCACUACAAGCCGCUGACCCUCGGCGCAACUACCAAAUACGUUGACCUGUCCCGCGAUAUCCUGCUGCUGGAGCCCUACCUUCUUGUCAAGCGGCUCCAUCGGACACUGCACUUCAUGAGCCAGAUCCCCCUGAUACGAGACAACAUCAAUCGGCUGGCUCUCGGGACGUCGUAUGGCGUCUACACGGGCAUCUGCCACCCCGUUCUGAGCUGGAAAGUCUCAAAGACCAACAUGGGCAAGAUGCUGUCUGGUCUCGCCAAAUUCCCACGCCUAAAGUUGCUCAUCUUCAUCGUCCACCAGGAGUUCCAGUUCGAAUUCGACUUCCGCUACCCGCCCAGUCUGGGUUACCCUCAUCACCCUCAUCACCCUCUUCAUUCUCAUCACCCGCACCACCACCCCAUCUCUUCCACCGGCCCGGACCACGGGCUCUACUUCCCACCACCCGGAAACCAUCCAGGCAUCUCCCCAAGCGGCGCAGCAGUAGUAGCAGCACCGCCGCCAACGGCACCGCCACCACCGCCCACACAGCUGAUUCCGCUACUCCCACUCCCGCGGCCCCAGCUCGUCCACCAGGCAUACCGCUUCAAGUUCGACAUCGAGGCCAACAUCAACCACACCCCGCGGCGGCCCCACCUCAACGAGCUGCUCUACUACCCGCUGGACGUGGACGAGGACAAGGACGACUGGGACCUGAACGACGAGGUCGAGGAGAGCGAGUGGUUCGACCCCUGGCCGACCAACGACGACUGGCGCCGGUUCCGGCGCAGGUUCCAGAGGGCCAUCAACCUGUCGCUGGAGAUGGACCUCGUGGGGGGACUGAAAGGCGCCAGCCUGCUUUGGCGUUAUACACGGGGUACGUACGGGUAACUGUUUUAUUUCGCUGGAUUGGACAAAAAGGGGGUUGGUUGGGUGGCGCUAUUUGGAGGUUGGCCACCUCGGAGGGUGGCUGUUUAUGCUGCUCUCUCUCUCUACGGACCACUGGCGCAUGGCAACCACAAGGAGGUUGGAUUCCUGCUAUAGAUCAUAGAAGCCAGUUUAAUACCCGUAGCCUGUCGCUACCAGGCAGAGUGAAAAGAGAUAUACAAUCGUUAGCUCCGUCGUCGGGCAACUACUUAGUUUUAAUAUAUUUCUAUUCCCACCGAUCUGGUUGCAAUCUGUGG